AUGGCAAUCUGGGACUCUCUCGGUGGCCGUAAGGAUGGCCAAGUGCCCUCUGCCUACGACGCUUCCAACGCGCAAGAUGCUACUUCUUUCCUUUCCGAAGUCUCCAUCGACCCUACCCAGCUGCACCCCCUGGCCGGUCUCAACCAGGACACUCUCGACUAUCUUACCCUCGAAGACUCCACCCUUGAUGAACUCCCGGGCUCCCGCUCCGUCCUGCCUUCUCGCGGCUGGUCCGACGACCUUUGCUACGGUGCCGGCACCACAUAUCUGGCUGCGUUGACCAUCGGAGGCGCGUGGGGUCUCGCAGAAGGAUUGAACAAGACACCAUCUACCGCGCCACCGAAGAUUCGCUUGAACGGUGUUCUUAACUCGGUUACCCGCCGCGGUCCGUUCCUCGGCAACUCCGCCGGUGUCGUCGCGAUGGUUUAUAACGGGUUCAACUCGGCAAUUGGUUACGCACGCGGAAAGCACGACUCCGCCAACAGUGUUGCUGCUGGUGCUUUGAGUGGAAUGCUCUUCAAGAGCACGCGCGGUCUGAAGCCGAUGAUGAUUUCUGGAGGCAUUGUGGCCUCGAUUGCUGGUGCUUGGGCCGUGACGCGAAAGGCCGUCUUCUAA